CAUUUCGCAUGCUCAGAACUCCACAGGCUACAGCAUCACAGCCCGAGCCGAUACGAUCCACGAUACACGAACAACGAAAGUUUCUCCGUCGUUUUGGAUUAAGGAAGAGUCGCGUAGGACAUUUUUGUAAGAUACCUUACGCCCGUAGUACGAUUAAUAGUCCGUGAGCACACUUGUUUAACCUGGUCAACGCAGUUGAAGUUAACGAUUUGCGAAAUACCCCCGAUAUCAUACCGUGUAAUUCAUCCAUUUGCAUCCCUCCGAUAAUCCCUUAUCAGCACCCAACCUAGCUGCCGUUUUAUCUUAUCACAAAGUACGUUUUCUUAUUCUAUUUGUCGCACGUGUCUGCAUUCUCUGUGUGUAUACAUAUACACAGAUCGCGAUUAAAAGCAAACCAUAGGGUGAUCCUGAUAAUAUAGAAGGAAAAGUGCGCGAUGUAUGCCGGGAAAUGGAAAGUGAAGGACAAAAAGUGAAGAAAGUGCUGAGAGUGAGUGACGAAGAAAUGUUGCAGGUGCGACAAGGUGAAGGAGUGACGGUUUAUUUUUAAUCGCCGAAAUUCAUUUGGAUUACCAACACAGUACUCUACCGACAACAGACGGACAUAAGGUUCUAUCGUGACGUUUCUUUGUCCUGUGCGAAGGACGGCUUGAGUAUUUGACUUGUGAAACUGGAGAGGUUAAUACUGUGCGAAAAGUUUGAAAUACUAGUUCAGGCGGAGUGAUAUGUUAACCGAAGACAAUGACCCGACGAAACCGGCAGGGGUUUUAGACAAUGCUGGUAACGUGUCUUCAUCAACAGAGGCCUCGGUACAGCACCCUCGUAGUGCAAACAAUGAGACUGAGGUCAAGAACGAGGUCCAGGAUUGUCCUGAGAACGACAACGUACCUGGUGGAGAAUUAUAUAUCGAUGAGAAUGCUGAAGAUAAGGAACAGGAAUAUCCGGAUUCCAUGGAAAAGGCAGACUACAGUACACUCUAUGGAGCCAAUCAAUAUUACAACAGUCUCUACAGUUCACCAAGUUACGGAUCUACGACUGCCUCGAAAAAUUCAUCGUCCCUCCAAAGCUCAUAUUUAAGUUCUUAUACACCAAGUUCUAUGGCACAGUACUCGUCCUAUGCUGGAUAUAAUACCGGAUCCACAACGUUUCCAACAAUAGGACAAAAUAUAUCAUCGACCUCGCAAAAAUUGGAUUACAGCGCCUACAGCACUAAUCUCUAUGGCAACGACAGAGCAUCUUUGCAGUAUCCUGGUUACUACCCAAUGACUGGUUAUCACGCAACCCCUACGCCAUUUAACAUUAGUAACAUAAACUUUGCCGAAGAUUCCACGAAGUCUGCUCUCAGCUUGGAUACGACUUCCCACGACGUAAGCGACCUCACAGCACGGGAAACCACAAAUGUCGAAGGUAACACGAUUCCUGGGGCGACAGCGAAGCCCUGCAGACGCGGAAGGCGACAGAGCGGAAGCGGAAACAGUAUCGGUUCAGCGGAUACGACAGAAGCCGGUCCGGAUCGGAUAUUUAUUUGGGACCUCGAUGAAACCAUAGUUGUGUUCAAUUCACUUUUAACUGGACAAUUUGCAACGAAACACAGAAAGGAUCCCAACCUGUUAUCCCAAUUGGCAUUUAGGAUGGAAGAAAUGAUCUUCAAUUUGGCAGACACGCAUUUCUUUUUCAAUGACAUCGAGGUGAGUGGCGAUUGCGAUCAGGUUCACAUCGAUGAUGUAUCCUCGGAUGACAAUGGUCAGGAUUUGUCGUCGUAUAAUUUUGCCACUGAUGGAUUUCAAUGUGCGUCUACGAAUAAUGGUAUAUGUCUUGCUUCCGGUGUGAGAGGUGGCGUUGACUGGAUGAGAAAACUUGCCUUCCGCUACAGAAAGAUCAAAGAGAUUUAUUGUAAUUAUCGGAACAAUGUCGGUGGCCUCCUUGGAGCUGCUAAACGAGAACAAUGGCUUCAGUUGAGAACGGAGAUUGAACUUAUGACUGACAAUUGGCUAACUUCAGCUGUUAAAUGUUUGAAUCUAAUCAACAAGAGGAGUCACUGCAUAAAUAUUCUAGUUACUACUACUCAGUUGGUACCAACUUUAUCCAAGGUUUUAUUGUUUGGUAUAGGCGGCAUCUUUCCUAUUGAAAAUAUUUACUCUUCCGCUAAAAUUGGAAAGGAGAGCUGCUUUGGUCGAGUCGUGGCUCGAUUUGGUCGUAGAUGCACAUACGUAGUUAUUGGUGAUGGUUCUGAUGAAGAAACUGCUGCUCGAGCACAUAAUUUUCCAUUUUGGAGAAUCAACAGUCAUUCGGAUACUCAAUCACUGUACAAUGCUCUGGAGAUGGGAUUUCUCUAACUAGGAACUACAGAGGGUAUUGCAAAAAAACUUAUGCCAAUCAGAAAAAUAGAUGAACGGACGUGUCCUUGUGAUUUUGAAAAAAAAAAAUUAGAACGCUAUAUAGAAUGGAUCUUCAUCCUUCUUUCCUUUGGGUGACUCGGGUCCAUUUGUAUUAUUAUAUAUUUAUCGUAUAAAAUGAAAAUUAACGAUUCGACCGUCCUGCUAAAUUCGCCGGGAAAUGGCCAAGUUGAAUCGAUCGUCAGCAUGAAGAUCGAACUGAUUGGUCCAGGGUCCAUAAGUGAUAAAGAAUGAAAGUAAUGCGUAUAAAAAAUGAAAAUUUUAUCUAUUAAUGAAAUUUUGAAUGAGAAUAUUAACGAUCUUUUAUGUGUAUAGAAAUGAAGAGUCUAUUAUCGGAAUUACGUAUUGUCAUUAAUGUACUUAACUAGAGGCAAUUUAUCGAGGCGAGAUUUAAUUCUUUUUUUUUAAACUUACUAUUCCUACCUAUUGCUGUCAAUCUUUCCCUUCACAAAUUCAAUGCAUAUACUAUACGUACUAUAAGAGUCGAUGUUACUUAGAAAUUGUUUAAAUGUUCCAUAAUAAAAGAUUAUGUAUGGAACUCAAAAGAAAGAAAGAUUCCAUCACUCUUCUGGCGCGGUCUUUACUGGUGUAGUGGCCUAUAUUGAUUUUUUUAAAAAUAUUUUCGACAUUCCGACACUUGUUGCCAUUCCAUGACGUGGUUCGUACGAAAUAUCAAGCUUAGGUAUAAUUGUUUCUUGUACUACGCCGACAAUUGUAUCAGGCAACAAUUUAUAUUUAAUUGUAAGAAAAGUUUAUAUUCUUUAUGAUCGUGCACAAGAGACAUGUUUGAUUUAUUAUUCUGCUAGUGGGCCAUUUUGAAAGUAAGGUUUACUUGUUACUCCAUGCGGCACAAACUCUGUGCACAAAUUUUUAUUUUAUAUUAAUGUAUCAGUCACGAAUAUUGAUAGAGUAACGAUACUUCGUGAGUAACGAUUGUAUCGUUAUGAUGAUUUGUUGACGGAUGCAACAAAUUUUUACGUAUAUCAUUUUGUGAAAUUAUUUUUUGAAUUGACCAAUUUGAAAAUGUUCAGGCGUUUUUGUGGAACUAAGAGAAUUAAGUGAACUAAAAUACAUAUUUAAAAAAUUAAUCUCAAACUCGUUACGAGUUAUGAAAAACUAUUUUGAAAAAUUCGUAAAUAUAAUGCUAAAGGACAUGGUGUGCAGGAUCGGCCUAAAAAGUAUAUCCAUGUGAUUCAUGAUUUUUUUUUCACUGAAUGCUAUUUUCCAAAUUUUACAUCCGAACAAGGAGAAGUAUUCACGACAUUCCAAAAACAGUUUGAAAUAAAGUCGGACGGAUUAAGUUUUUGAUUAAAUUAUCAAGAUUAAAACAUAAUCGUCGAAAACGAACUAGUCAAAGGGGAAAAAUUCUAAUUUAAAAGACGUAAGCGAAGUCGUGGUUUCUUAUUCUUUCUAUUAUUUCUUACAUUAAUAUUCUGAAGAAGUGAACGACGUACUAGGCAAACGAAAAAACUAAAAGGAUAUGAAACUUGCGUAGUAUUUGUCAAAGUUGCAAAAAAAAACAAUACAAAAUGUCAACGCGCGGGCGACAAAUUAUCUGUUCGUGAUUCAUAUUAAAUAAUUAUUCACUUCUUCAAUACUAUAUGUACAAUUAAGGCAUAUUUUACGGACGAAAGGGUAACUGGUAUUGCUUUGCUGUUCGAAAACAAAAUACCUUAAUGGAUCAGUUAAUCACUGUAUAUUAAGUUAGUAAGAGUUUGCUAUAGUGUAUAGAAACGUGUAUGAAUCAUUCAUGAGAGAUAUCAAAUUCAAAAGACACGGAUCAGAGUCCAUUUUUAGGCUUCUGUUUGCACAGCCAAUACAAACAUCUCUGAUAAUAUUAUAUUAAGAUAAUAACGAAUACUAUUAUAACAUUGACUGUUGCUAUAAACUUCCAAAUAAAAGACAAUUUUGUUUAAAUUUCA